UGAUUUGAAGAGUGACAUGUGGAACAAGGAAGUAAAUUCUUACUAGAUUUCCUGUCAUCAGACUAUAAUAACACUAUAGUAUUAAAUAUUUAUAGUAGUUCAAGUAAACAUCAUGAUAAAAUUAUUCUCUGUAUUUCUCAUACUGUUUAAUCAACAGAUUAUUCUGAAUAGCGUUUCGGGAGGUCUUGUAUUACAAGGAAUAGGCAUUCCUCUAGAAAAUAGAGAAUUUCAACUUCGAUGUUCCAAGUCAAGUUGGUUUUCAUUUUCAUUAAAAAAAGCUUCAUUUUACAGAAAUGACACAGAGAUUGCAACUGUAGAGAGAGAUGGACUGCUGUCAUGGACGGCCUGUGAAUUAAUCAGUGAAACCGAGUUGGAUUAUGGAUGUAGAGCAACUUAUUACACAAAAACAUUGGUUAUUAAGAUGCUUAAUAUCACCAGAGAUUCAAACACAAUAUGGACGUGUAGAAAUCAAGGUGAUCGAUCAAAUUAUCAUCUACUCAAUGUUGAAGAACAACCUAAAGAUUGUGAUCUAAACACCAUGAUUACCCAUAAAUACUCCGAGAAUAGAAACGAUCAACACAAAGUUCUCAUACUAACAGAAGGCAACGACCUAGAGCUGAACUGCACAUCAAAUACAAAUUAUAAUGACAAAGAAAUAUCGUACAAAUGGACAAUUUAUCGAGAGGGAGAGCAAUCCAUUACUACAAAUAAAUCUUUAUACUUAAAAAACAACAUUACCAAAGAUGAUGGUGGAAUGUAUGAAUGUAAUGGAGGAAUUAGAAAUAAUACAUGUGUUGAUAAUGAUGUUAUCGAAAUACAAAUGAAUUAUGCCCCUAGAUUAAACAUAAGUUUAAAUUCCACAGAAGAUAGAAGUGAAAUGACUUGUAUAGCUGAUGGUAGCCCAGUUAAUUAUACUAUCAAUAACUGGAGACAUUAUGUAGAUAAUCAGUUUAUAAGAGAACUGAAUGGAAUCCAGGAAGAACAUCUUACAACUCUAUUGUUAGAUAAUAUAACAAUACUAGAUGAAGGAAUAUAUGUAUGUAAUAUUAGUAAUGGUAUCAAAAAUCUUAAAGGAUCUGUAUUUCAAACGGCGCAAGAGUAUCUUCAAAUACAGGCACCUCCAAAGUCACUAGAAAUUAACAAUGAAAUCACAGAGAAGCCUCAAGGAUCGAACAUUGGACUUAAAGCAACAUUUCUGGUCAACAGAAGUAGUAGCAUGAACACGACAUGGUAUCAAGUUAACACAAUAACUAAAGAUAAGACGUUAUUACCUAUCGAGACAACAUACAGCACAUUAACGAGAACAAUGAGAAUAUAUAAUAACGAUAUUGAUCGAAAGGUUACAGUUGUAUCAUCUAGUUUAACGAUCACAGCACCAAUUGAUGAACUUAAUUUUACAGUAAUCGUUUGUAACCAAUACCGAUGUACAGAAUCUGACCAGGUUAUCAUAAUUAUAUUUGAAGAUAAAGAGAAUAUUUACCAAUAUUUACCAGUUAUUAUAGGAAUUGUAAUUGUAGUGGUCAUUAUAAUUAUUAUUAUAAUAUUGAUAAUACUUAGAAAAAGAUGUAAUAAUGUUAAAAAAGAAGAUAAUGUGUAUGUAAACCAAGAAUCAAUCCGACAACAAACCAGGGAAAACACUAUGGAAAUAUUAGAGAAUGAUCUGUAUAUAAGUGCUGAUGAUGAUCAACAAGAUAAUCCAACAGAUACCAAUGAAACUGGAGCUACUAAUGAAACUGGAGCUACUAAUGAAAAGAAAAUUAUCUACAUGAAUGAAAUGGAAAUAAUAGAAAAUGAUCUUUAUGUUAGUGGUGAUGAUGAUCCACCAAAAACCAUCAAUAUUCAAGAAAUGGAAAUAAUGGAGAAUGAACUGUAUAUACCAGCUGAACUAGAUACUCGUAUAUAAAGAAAAAUUCUCAAAGUAUGGUGACCCCCUUUCAAAUGAUACCCAUUCAGAUUGAUAUUGUGUGUAGAAAUUAAAUGAGUGAGUUUUGUCUAGCUAUUGUUAGAAUAUAGAAAGACAAGAUGGAUUAUCACCUUUAACUCAGUUCACUUCUGAACACCAUGGCGGGAUUACUCAAUUGUCACGAUGGAAUUAUAAUUCAAUGACACAGAAUUUAAUCCUGAAAACAGGUGAUAUUGUAUCAUAUUGAACUGGUACUUGCCUUGUCAUCCAACGUUUAUGUCAAUGGGGUACUAAUAUAGAAAAUUUUCAGAAAGGUGUAGCUAUUUGUGAUUAUUUUUAUGGUAGUAACAUACAUUAGCCUAUCCUCCAUAACAAAUUACCAAGAAUACUUUUUGUUGAAGUCUGGUUAUAUUAAAGGGAAUGGCAGCCUACUAAGAUCUCAUUUGACCCAAUUCUGGUCGGUUCAUUUCAAAAUGGAAUAAGAACUCUGAUACUAACUGUGUGAAAAAACAUUAUGAGAACCUCCAGGAGCCAAUAACUCAAUCAUUAUAAUGUAGCAAGCUGAUGGGCUGGUAUGCAUGUACCCAUUUAUUGAAACAUGCAGUAUAAAGUUGCCCAAGUGUAUAAUAAAAGUGUAAAUUAAAGACCCUAGUGUAUAAUGAAAGUGUAAAUAAAUAAUCCAAGUGUAAAUAAAAGACCCGAGUGUAUAAUAAAAGUGUAAAUGAAAGACCCUAGUGUAUAAUGAAAGUGUAUAAUGAAUGGACCAAGUGUAUAAUGAAUGGACCUAGUGUAGAAUAAAAGUGUAAAUGAAAGAACCAAGUGUAUAAUGAAAGUGUAAAUAAAUGGACCUAGUGUAUAAUGAAUGGACCUUAAGAAAUGACCCAAGUGUAUAAUGGAAGUGUAAAUGAAAGAACCUAGUGUA